CUUCUCUGAAAACAAUUUAAGGAAAAAAGAGGUAAAAGAGGUAAUCGAGCGAGUAUUGAAUGAAACUGGCAGAGCUGGUGAAAAGGAAUGUAAACUGUGUUAUUAAUAAAUUAAAAAAGCGGAAUUAAAUAAUUGGAGGCGGAAUUGAUUCUCAAAACUGCAUACUCUCAUUUUCUAAGAUAAAAGAUAUACUUAUUUUAUAAAAAAUUUAAGCAAAAAGACUAGCAAUAAAUGAAAUUACCAGGCAGAUUUGGUGGCCCGUGAUUGAUCAAUUAAAAGGAAAAUAAAAUUGCAGCUAAGUGCAUCAUCAUAAAUUGCACCAUUGUCCGGGUAAAGAGCGCGAUUGCAAGAAGUUAGGAAACAUUCCAUAUAUGCUGAAGGUGAAAAGUUGUCUAUUGUGAUUGCCGUAGCUGAGUUUAUCCUGCUCUACAACAACUAAUUGUGCGGGAAUUAACAAAUCCUGCAAAGGAAGAGCGUAGUCUCACACAGCAAAAAUAGACAUACUCCAGCUUGAAUUCGUUUAAGAAAGUAUCCUUGAAAAUUAGAGCAAAGCUAUAGGCUUAAAACUAGAAUUAAGUUCUGCUUUAGUAUCUACGAAGUGAUACAAUUAUGACAACAAUAAAUAUAAAUUCACGCAAAAGUCCAAUGCUGAAAAAGCAGGGCACCGACCAGUGGGUGAAGCUGAAUGUGGGUGGCACAUAUUUCCUAACAACAAAGACGACACUCUCCCGUGACCCAAAUUCGUUUCUAUCUCGUCUAAUACAAGAGGAUUGUGACUUAAUAUCAGAUCGGGAUGAGACAGGCGCUUAUCUUAUUGAUAGAGACCCAAAGUAUUUUGCGCCAGUACUGAACUAUUUGCGACACGGCAAAUUAGUUUUAGAUGGCGUCUCCGAGGAAGGAGUUCUAGAGGAAGCUGAAUUCUACAAUGUGACACAGCUGAUAACGCUGUUGAAGGAGUGUAUAAACCAUAGGGAUCAGCGACCACAUGCCGAUAAGAAACGUGUUUAUCGUGUGCUGCAAUGUCGCGAACAAGAAUUAACUCAGAUGAUCUCAACUUUAUCGGAUGGUUGGCGAUUUGAACAACUAAUUAGCGUUGGCAUGCAGUACACAAACUAUGGCCCAUUCGAAAAUAAUGAGUUUUUGUGUGUAGUCUCAAAGGAGUGCGGAUCGUCAACGGGUCGCGAACUGGAGCUGAACGAUCGCGCCAAGGUGCUUCAGCAGAAAGGCUCUAGAAUUCUCGGAAUUUAAAGUAGAAAGAAAGCGAAAUGUCACACCACCACCACCACCACCACCAUCUCCCUACACCCCUGAAUCUAUAAUGAACGAAUUUGCGUACUAGUGCUCCUACCACAACGCUUACAACCAUCAACAGCACCACCACUACCUUAACCAUCACCAAACACAAUUUCUACCACCAAGUCCCCAGCUCAAUUUACCAAUUCACAAUUCACCACUAUAACCUUAUGCUUAUCAAAUACUUUCGACAUAACAACAGCAAUCACAGCAAUCACUGCUACCAUCGCCACGAAACGUCAUUAUCGAUUGUCCUUUUUUUGAUCAGACGAAUACAACCACAACAAAGCAAAAAAAAAAAGCAAUGCGCUCUCAACCACGUGCUCAGUAAUCGCUCACAAUGACAUUUACAUACAUAUGAAUACAUAUAAAUAAUUGCAAAAAUAUUAAUUUUAUAUAACAAUAUAUACUCUGCUUCAUAUUUCUACUUGCGUAAAUACAUACAUACAUAGAUACUAUACAUAGCCGUAUAUAAUAACAUUUAUUUGUAAUUGACAUCAAUUCACAAAACGAAGAAAAGAAAAAAUGCGUCGAAGGCGAAUCUGCAACAAUAUAAAUAGAAAAAGCUUAGGAAAUGUAGAAUGAAAAAAAAAACAAAAACAAAAGCAAAAAAAAAAGGAAGCAAAACAAUAAAAAUUAAAAUUAACAGUUUGUCUGCAAAGUUCAAAAGCAUUAAAUGUAAUGUUGUUGUCACGCGUUUAAGAUUGCAAUUUGAUUUGUUUCAUUAAUGUGAAACAAAAAAAAAACAUAAA